AUGGCGGAAGAUGACGUGAGCAAGGAGGCAGAGGUGGAGAGGCACUUAGCUGAGAUGGCGGAGGCAGCAGAGCUGCACGGAAGGCUGGACGUGGCGGAGGCAGCAGAGCUGCACGGAAGGCUGGACGUGGCGGACGGCCCACAGGCGGACGAGAGUUGCGCGCGCGGUUCUGACUUGCGCAGCUCGCAGCCGCACGAUACAGAAGCGGCGGACACUGUAGACGCGCGCACUGCUGACGCGCGCUGCUUAGAAGCACAGGACGCAGAAGCGAGGGACGCGGAAAUGAACGCGAGGGAGGGAACGGACGUGGAGGUGGGGGACGAGGAGCGAGACGAGGAGCGAGACGAGGAGCGAGCGGGCGACGAGACCGACCCCAACGGAACGAUCAGCCGUCGCACGCGCGCGCGAGUGUCGCUGGCGCAGACCCCGAUAGAAGAGCUCGAGGUGAUGCUGGCGCGGGUGGCGCGAGACGCGGAGGAGGAUGAGGAGGAGGAGGAGUUUCUGUUCCAUGCGGAGGAGGAGGAGGAGGAGUACGAGCGGUUCCUGUCCGCCGUGCUGUUCCCCGACUCGCCCUGCGGUAGUGACCACGAGGGGGACGAGGGGGAGGGUGAAGGGGAGGGGGAAGGAGAGGAGGGGGAGGGGGAGGAUGGGGUGGGGGAAGGGGAGGAUGGGGCGGGGGAAGGGGAGGAGGGGGAAGUGAGGGGGGUGAAGGGAAGAAGGGAGAGUGGAGAGGAGGGGGAAGGGGAUGAUGUGAGGACUGGAGGAGAAGCAGGGGAUAGCAUCGGAAGAGGGGAGGAGACAGAGGAAGGUGUAGAUGGAGGAGAAGAGGAGAACACGGAGAAGGAAAACGGGGAGGAAGAGCGAGAGGAAGCGGUGGAGGGGGAGGGGGACGACGAGGGGGAGGAUAAAGAGGAGGCGGAGGAUGAGGAGGACGAGGAGGAUAUGGACUUCAAUAUCGACGAUCUGCUGCUGCUGGAGGGCGAUGAUCUGCUAAUGGACGGUGAGGAUGAGCUGCUGGAUCUGCAGGACUUCGUUGUGGACGAGGAUGAUCUUGACGAGGGACUUUUAGCGGGGCUGGAGGAUGAGCUUAUAGCGGAGAUGCAGGCACAGGCGGAGGCAGAGGCAGCUGCGGAGGCAGGUGCGAGGGUGGAGGAGGAGGACGCGGAGGAGGGGGAGGGGAGGGGGGGGGGGAGGGACGUAGGGGAGGGAGGGGAAGCGGCGGCGCAUGAAGCAGUGGCAGUUGGGCAUGAGGUUGAUCCCUCUCGUCUCCACCAGCACCCCACUGCUGCUCCCACUGUCCCUCAGGGUAACGGGCAUGAGCCAGCCAAUGAGCAGCUGCCACCUGUCCAGGGCGUGGGCGAGCGGGGAAGGGGAGGGGCGGUGGAAAUGCGCAGCGAGGGGGUGGGGGUGGGAGUGCGGAGGUCAAAGCGGACCACUGCAGGGGUGUCGAGGAGGAGAGGCAAGGGCAGUGAGGCGGUGAGGAAGGACGGGAAGGGAGAGGGGGAAGGGGGGGGAAAAGUGGAGGCGGGAGGCUCUAAGAGGAGACGGAGGGCGAAGAAGGGGAAAGACGAGGCAGUGAAAGAAGGGGGUGGGGUGAUGGGGGAUGGAGGGGGGACGGGGAAAGAGACAGCAGCUUGCAGAGGCGACAGUCCAAACGCAAGAGCAGGCACUGAGGGUGCGUCUCCUGCCGAUGCUGAUCCACAUGCCUUGGUUUCUUCCGCUCAUGGCUCGGAUGGUGCUGAUGGGGGUGCGCAUGGUGCGUCGGGCUUAUCACCCCCAUCAGGCAGCCCAGCGGGGCGCGCCCAGCUGGCGGCGCUGCUGGCGUGUCACGUGCAGCUGGCAGUGCAGGUGUACGCGGCGUGUGUGCUGGACCCCUCCCGCUGCCAGGUGGCCACGGUGCUCAGGGGCUUGCUGGCACAGCUGGCGCAGUUGGGGGGAGGUGCUACUGGGGGGGGUGUUACUGAGUCAGGAGUUGCGGGAGGAGCUUUGAACAGUGUAUCAGCUGCUGAUGCACCAGGGGUGGACGCACCACCCUCGCCUCCCGUGCCACCUUUUCCUCACUCUCGCGCACCUCCUGUUGCCCGCCUGGGAGCUCAGGGCUCUGCCACUGCCUUGGCCUCGGGUGCUGCUACUGCUGCUUGUGCCGCCGCUGCUGCUGCCGAUGGCACUGCUGGUGGUCGCAACGGUACUGCGGCUGCUUCUUCUGACCCCGUUGCUUCUCACCGCGUUGCUGCUGCUGCCGCUGCUGAGGGUCUGGGGGCUGCAAGGGCAGCACCGCGGCUAGCAGAUUCGGUGCCCAGUCUCACGCUUCUGCCCGCGUUCCUGCACUCCAUCGACCAAGCCUUUUCUGUGUCUCAUGGAAGAGAGGCUGAGAGACGUAGGGCGUGUGGGGGUGAUGGUGAGAGAGGCGGGGGUGACGGAGGAGGGGGUGAGAGAGGAGGGGGUGAGGGAGAAGGGGGUGAGAAAAGUGGGGGUGUGAGAGGAGGCGGUGAGGGAAGAGGAGGGGUUGGGGAAGAGGGAAUGCACAGGGAAGGGAUUGGGGAAGAGUGUUUAAGGAGAGGGGGGAGUGAGGGUGACGUGGCAAAUGGUAGGAGUGGAGGUGCAGUGCUGAUGGAAGCAGUGAGUGGAGAAAGAGGGACAGGUGAGAGUGGUGGGCAGGGGUUGAAAGCGGUGGGGGAGGUGGGGGAGGAGAGGAAGGUGGGACAGCGGACAGAGGCAGAAAGAACAUUGAAUGGCACGCUAGAAAGGGGGGAGAAGACAAAAGGGGCGGAAUGUGAGGGUGGAGAGAGGGAAGAGACGGUAGGGAAGGGUGUGCAAAGGCGAGAAGCAGAGGAUGAUGGUGAUGGUGCUGCGAUGCAGCGGCAGCGAGAAGAAGAGGGCAACCAAGGAGGGCAUUGUCUGAGAGUCGUGGGGGAUACGCAGCAACACGACGAGCACACAUCGCAGCAGCAGCAGCAAGAACAACAUCAGAUUUCAAAAGUGUGUCCUGCUGUUAACGAUCGUCAUGAGCAGCAUCAACAUCAGCAGCAGCAAUCAGUGGGAGUGAGGAGGAAGAAGAGGAAGCGCAAGUGGGUGCCCAUGUUCCCAGUGCCACCCGCCCUCCAAUCUCUCGCCCCCUCCUACCCUGCCUCUCCCCACAAGGCACCUCGGUUCCAAUCCCCCCAGCGCCUUGCUUCUGGGCGCCGAUGGGAGAAGGACGACGAGAAAGGGGAGGAAGAGGAGGAAGCGAGAGAAGGGGAAGGUGGAGGGGAGGAAGACAGAGGGGAGGAGGAGGCGAAGGAAGCAGUGAUAGGGGGGGAGGAGGAGGAGGGGCGGAGGGCGGGGGUGGGCGAGGUGGUGCGGGUACCUGGCGAGGUGGCAGCAGCAGUGCAGGCGCUGGGCGCUGUGUUUGAUGCCACGCUCUUCCCCGUGGUGCGCCCGCCCCUGCUGCACCGCACCCUCUUCUCCCCCGCUGAGGACUGCCUGCUGGCCAUGGGCGUGGAGCAGCUAGGCACGGACUGGGAGGCCAUUCACAGGCGCUUCCUGCCGGGCAAGACUCCGCACCAGGUGGGUUGUGGGCCGUGGGGUGUGGUGGGCGGUGGGGUGUGGUGGGCGGUGGGGUGUGGUGGGCCGUGGGGUGUGGUGGGCCGUGGGGUGUGGUGGGCGGUGGGGUGUGGUGGGCGGUGGGGUGUGGUGGGCCGUGGGGUGUGGUGGGCCGUGGGGUGUGGUGGGCCGUGGGGUGUGGUGGGCGGUGGGGUGUGGUGGGCCGUGGGGUGUGGUGGGCCGUGGGGUGUGGUGGGCGGUGGGGUGUGGUGGGCCGUGGGGUGUGGUGGGCCGUGGGGUGUGGUGGGCCGUGGGGUGUGGUGGGCCGUGGGGUGUGGUGGGCGGUGGGGUGUGGUGGGCCGUGGGGUGUGGUGGGCCGUGGGGUGUGGUGGGCCGUGGGGUGUGGUGGGCCGUGGGGUGUGGUGGGCCGUGGGGUGUGGUGGGCCGUGGGGUGUGGUGGGCCGUGGGGUGUGGCGCCUCACAACGCACCAGAUCUCCAUUCGGUGGAAGAACCGGUGCUCCUCACGCGUGCCCGAUAACCCCAUCAAGGCGCUGAAUGCAUGGAAGCUGGACUGGCAUGCCAUGAGCCGUGCUGUGAUGCCCCACCGCGACCCCACCCAGCUGCGCCGCCUCUUCUCCGAUGCUUUGGCUGCCCGCCGCCUCGCUCUUAGGCAGCAGCAGCGAGAGCGGGAGGAGCAGAUGCAGAGAGAAGAGCGAAUGCAGAGAGAAGAGCGAAUGCAGAGAGAAGAGCAAAUGCAGAGAGAAGAGCGAAUGCGGAGAGAAGAGAAAAUUCAGAGAGAAGAGCAAAUGCGGGGAGAACGGGAGUGGAUGGAGAGUCAACGGUUGGCGCAGAGAGAGGAAGAAUUGCGAAGGGAGCAAGAGGAGCAAAGAGAGCAUGACAUAGAGAGAGAACAGGAGAUGCAGAGGCGAAGGAUGAAUGGGGAGAUUCGGGAGGAGGAGCAGAGGGAAUUGGAAGGGCUUGUUGCGUUCCCAGGUGAGGGGCAAAGAGGUGAAGAGAGAGGGGCAGAGGAGAUGGGGGAGGGGUUGGCAACGAAUGCGGGAUCCGUGCUGAGUCAGCCGCACCUGACGCUGACGCAGCGAGCUCUGGAAGCAGGGAUGGAAGGGCCAGGCCCGGGCAGUGGGGAGGUGGCACCCGGGGAAGGUGUAUGUGGUGGGGGAGAGGUGAGGGAAAGAGAGGUGAGUGGAGGAGAGGUGAGCGGAAGAGGUGUAGAGGGCGAGGAAGGGGCUGUGGGAGGGGCUAGCAUGCUUCUGAGAUGGUCCCUGCUGCAACCGACAGUGUCACAACCAGCAGUGGUACAAGCAAGGCCCUUGCAGCCAAUCUCCGAGGGUGCAGGAAGAGACGGGCAAGGGGAAGGGAAGGCGUUGCAGGAGGAUCAAGGAGGGGCUGAGAGCGAGGUGGAAGCAGACGCGGGAGGAGGGGAGCCAGAGCAGCAGCAUUCACAGCAGCAGCACCAGCAGCAGCACCAGCAGCAGCAGCUAGAGCAGCAGCAAGAGCGGCAGCAGCCGUUUGUUCAAUUUCGCGAGCUGCUGCUGCGGGGAGUUGUGACGGAAACGAGUGGUGGUGGGCUUAUAAAGCCUGCUGUGACUCUAUCCGAUGUGACUCUAGCGAAGGUGACUGCAUUGCGAGAGGCAGCAACACUAAUGGGAGGGGGAGGGGCAGGAAGAGAGUGUGUAAUGGGAGAGGAGGAAGCACAUGCUGCUACAGCUGAGCAUAGCACUGUGGCCGCAGGGGCAACAGAGGCCGCAGGGGCCGCAGAGGCAGCAGGGGCCGCAGGGGCAGCAGAGGGAGGCAGCAGGUGCUGCUGGGUGUAUCGCCCAUCAUGCAUGCCUCUCUCCCAUUGCCCACCCCCCUCCAUCACUUCCCUCCCUUGCUUCCCUCUCACCAUCUCCUACAUCACCAUCUCCUACAUCACCAUCUCCUACAUCACCAUCUCCUACAUCACCAUCUCCUACAUCACCAUCUCCUACAUCACCUCUCUCCUCCUCCCCCUGCCCACCAUCCCCUCCCUCCCCUGCGUCUUCACGGCCCACCCAACCCCCGCUAUCCCCACCACACUCUCCUCCUCCACCUCAACCUCCCUCACCUCCCCCUCCCUCACCUCCCCCUCCCACUCCUCCUGCAUCUGCCUCAGACGACCCGCCUCCCACCAUCUUCAUCCGGGCAGCGUUUCUCUCCUCGCAACCCCUCUCGUCACAGCCCCUCCCUGCUCACCUCCCUCCCCCUUCCACCUCACCACCACCACCACCAUCACCUCCUCUUCUUCCUGUUCUCCUCUCUCCUACCCCCACAAAUACACCUCCCUCACAGACAGCAGAGCAUCGGACAGCAGAGCAGGAGGGAUGGCGGCUCAGGCACACGAGAAGCGGGCGGCGAGCAGAGGAGCAAGAGCUCAGCCGGCGGGCAGUGGAGGAGGUGGGGGGCCUGCACCACCCCCGCUGCCACCAGCUGCUGCACACGCAUGCAGAGCAGCAAAAGCCACUUCCGGUUCUUCUGAAGCACCAGAAAAGGCACCAGGAGCAGCAGCAGGAACAGCAGAAGCAGCAGCAGUAGCAGCAGCAGCAGCAACAACAGCAGGUGUCGAAGCAACGGCAACAGCAGGAGGGGGUGGUAGAGCGAGCAGCGAAGCCCCAGGUGCAGGUGUGCCAGCAUCCACUGGGGCACCUGCUGCCUCGUCACUGGAGGCAGCGGCAACAAGGGAGGCCGUGAGUGCAGGCGGAGCUGCCUGUGGGGGUGCAUGCAAGGCAGGUGACGCGCUCACACAGGCCUGUGCUGCUCACCGCACAGGUGGGGAAGGAAGGGCAGGGCUGAUUGACACGGGUGAGCGGGCAGACCCUCUCGCCUUCCUCCCCAUCCCUCCUCUCCCCCGCUUCCGCAACUUCCCCCCACUUCCUCUCCCCCUCCGUUCACAUUCCCCCGCUGCAACCAGGCCCUUCCAACCUUUCGCCUACUCUCACUCCCCUCACUCCACCAUCCCCCCGUCUGCAUCUUCUCACUCCCCCUUACGUCCCACCCCUGCCUUCCCCACGCACCCCCAUCCUACGGCCCCCCUUCCCCGGUCUGCCUUCCAUACCCCAUCCAAGCCGGCCCUUCCCACCGCCUUCCUCCCAACCACCCCUUUCUCUUUCCCUCGCCCCAUGCCUUCUCUCUCCCCAUCCACCGCCCCUCGCCCCACUCCACCCCUCAAACCCACGCCCUGGCCCAGACCCCACACACCAUCCCCACCACAACCACCACAAUCAUCACAACCCUUGCAGCCUCCUUCCAGUGCGUCCCACUCGUCCAUGCCACUGCCCCCUCUGCCUGCCUCCACCUCCUCUCCCUCUCCUCACCCCUCACCUGCUGCUCUGCCCUCGCCUGCUCCUCACUCCUCUGCUGCCCUCCCCCCUGCGGCUGCCGCUGCUGCAACCCCUGCUACUGCCGCUGAUGACCCUGCUGCUGCCACUGCUACUCCUGCUGCUGCUGAUUCCACAACGCCUCCCUUCCCGCGUCGCAGGAGGCGCAGGCGGAGGGGCGUGUUUGGGUUGCCGCCCACCCGGGGCUUGGGGGGGAUGGGGGGAGGAGCAGGUGCCGUGGGGGAAGGAGGAGCAGGCGCAGGCGGAGGAGGGCGGGGAGCGGGGGGAGGGGCAGGGAAGCCGUCAAGGAGCCUGGCGCCGGUGAUGCUGCCUGAUGGGCGCAUCAUCCAGCUCUGCCCCUCGCAACUCCCCCCCUCCUCCCCCUUGCACUCCCCCUCGCUUUCCCCCUCGCCCUCCCCUGCGCCCUCCCCUGCCACCGCUGCUGCUGCUGCUGCUUCUACCCCUGCUGCCCCCUCCUUUAUGCCUAUUGCAGCCACUGCCGCCACUCCUGCCCCUCAUCCCACUGCUCCUCACCGCGCCCACGCUUCUCCUGCUACCCCAUGCCCCGCAUUGCAUAAGAGUGCUGCUUUGGGGAAUGCUGUAGCAGGGAGUGCGGUACCAGCGAGUGCUAUAGCCGUUGGAUCGCCAAACCUCCAGAGCCUCAUGCUCUACCCCCUCCUCACGCACCCAGUCAAGGCUACAACCGACCUACAGCCUCACCCACAUGACUCACUUCCCUCUGGAUGCGCUCCCACUGACCACAUUCACCAGCGUCCAUCCAUCAGAGCCGCAUUCCUUGUUGGCCGCCCACCCGCCGUGUCCCCUGUGUCCUUGGCAUCAACUCCUGCUGCUGCUCCUGCUGCUUAUGCCUCUGCUGCUGCCACUACAGCCAGCACGGAACGUGCACCAAAAUCACAUGUUGCAGCACCGGCUGCCUCAGCCAAGGGAGCCUCACUUGGCGCUGUACAGCGCGGGAAGAUGGGCGUGAGAGGCGCUUUCACAGCCGCUCCAGCUGAGGGAUCAGAGCAAGAACAGUCAAGAAGAGGGGUCCCCAGGCGCAUGGGUAGCAACACGGAGGAUCCUCCAGUGCCCUCGUCGCUUUCACUCUCGCUGUCCCUCUCCCCACCAUGCCCCCGUGCUGCCCAGCCUCCACGUGCAGUGGUUCCCUCCACGCUCCAAUAA